CCAAGGGCCGAAUUCUGAGCUCCCAUGGGCGGCACAACAGAGUCCGGCCGGCGAUGGAGCGGGAGCGUGGGGCGGCGGCGCUGUGGGGGCACCGGCACCUCCCGCUGCUGGCGCGCGCGCGGUCCAAGGAGUCCGUGGAGUACGUCCUGCAGGCGCUCUGGCGCACCCGCCGCACCGGCCUCGACGCCGCCGACCGCGCCGUCGCCCGUGACGUUCUCCAGCUCUCCGACGACGCCGAGCUCGACCCCGUCCGUACCACCCGCUUCCCCGGCGUCUCUCGCUACCAAUCGAUCUCUUCCUUCCUCUAUUACUUUCUGCGUUGUUGCCCGCGUCGCGGGUGUUGCAAGUUGGAUCCCCAACCGUGUGCUUCUUCAACCUCUCUGCUGCAGCUGCUGGUGUGCCUGAGGAUACUGAUCUGGAGGUGCGUCAACGAGAACGUCGCCAAGGACGACGUCCCGAAGCUCUUCCCUGAGGAGGUGCCGCCCGAGUUGCAAAAGCUGCUCACGCUGCUCCUGCAGAAGUUUCAGCCGGAGUGGCAGGAAGAUGCUUCAAAGGAUCAGGCAUCCAAGCUGCGUUUGGAAACAGCAGAAUGUCAGUUGAAUCAAAAUGGAGACACAUCAGAGCAGCCAGCUGCUGCUACUGCAAAGCUUCAAAAUGGUACCGCACCUGCUAAGGAUUCUGUAGAAUCAGGAGAAAAGGAAGUGAAGAAGUUUCCAUUGGCUAAGGAUUCUUUAGACAAAAUGCUGGAGGAUAUGUUCUCAAUCAAGGACCAAAUGCCAAAUGCUGUCAAUGAUAAGGGGCACGAAGAGAUAGCAGGACGCACUUAGAAAUGCCACUUUCGUUCUUGUUAGCUCUGCGGGACUUCGCAACAUCAGAAGUCGGCAUGUUCAAUUCUUCCUUGUGUUAGUUUGUUCUAGAUCAUGAUGGCACUCACGGCAGCUGCAUUCGUUUCUGCCAUGGGACUAAUGUAAAUUCAGAGAAUGUUCUUUGUAAAGCGACGCCUGUGUAAGUCGAUUGAUAUAUUGAAACUUGAUGCUUCCUUUUUCACUGGAUA